CACUCUCUCUCUCUCUCUCUCUCUCUCUCUCUCGGAGUCCGAAAGAAAUGUGGAAAGUCACAGGGGGAACCUGCUUGCUGCUGGUGCUACUAUUAUGCGCCAGCUGCCAUGAUGCCUUAUCGUUCACCGACGGACUACUGCCCAACGGAAACUUCGAGCAGGGACCAAAGGCAUCCCAAAUGAAGGGCACCAGAGUGAUCGGCGGCCCAGACGCGAUCCCCAAAUGGGGGAUCUCCGGCGUGAUCGAGUACAUAAAGUCGGGGCAAAAGCAAGGUGACAUGUUGCUGGUGGUGCCGGAAGGGUCGUUCGCGGUGAGGCUGGGCAACGAGGCGUCGAUCAAGCAGAGAGUGAAGGUGGCAAAGGGAACGUUCUACUCGCUGACGUUCAUCGCCGCCCGAACCUGCGGGCAGGAGGAGAAGCUGAACGUGUCGGUGUGGCCGAACUCGGAGCCCAAGGACUGGGGGAUACUGCCGAUCCAGACCACGUACAGCAGCGACGGCUGGGACGCCUACGCCUGGGGGUUCCUGGCUGAAUCCGACGAGAUUGAGGUGUCUAUCCAAAACCCCGGCGUCGAGGAGGAUGCGGCUUGCGGCCCGCUCAUCGAUUCCGUGGCCUUGAAGGCUCUGUCUUCUCCCAGGAGAACCAGAGUGAACAUGUUGAAGAACGGUAACUUCGAAGAAGGGCCAUACGUGUUCCCCAACACAACGUGGGGAGUGCUUGUCCCGUCAAACGUGGAGGACGACCACUCUCCGCUCCCCGGCUGGAUGGUCGAGUCCCUCAAAGCCGUCAAGUAUAUCGACUCCCUCCACUACGCCGUGCCGGAGGGCUUGCGAGCCGUCGAGCUCAUGGCCGGCAAAGAGAGCGCCAUCGCCCAGGUGGUCAAGACCAAGCCCGGCAAGCUCUACGACCUCACCUUCACCGUCGGCGACGCCGGCGACUCCUGCCAAGGUUCCUUGAUGGUGGAGGCCUUUGCCGGCACGGUAACCCUCCAGGUGCCCUUCGAGUCCAAAGGCCGUGGCGCCUUCAAGCGCGCCAAGCUCCGUUUCAAGGCGGUGGGGCCGCGCACCAGGGUCCGGUUCCUGAGCACGUUCUACACCAUGAAGAGCGACAACUCCGGCUCGCUCUGCGGUCCGGUGAUCGACGACGUGAGUCUGGUCGGCGUUCGUCAUCCCAGGCUAGCUUAAGACUAAUUGCGGCGAUGGCGUGGCAUUGCGUGAUUGCUCAGUCUGAUAUGAUAUAAUGUGGAAAGCGGAAUAUAUACUUGUCUUCUCAUUUACGUACGUCAUGUAUGUAUACAAUUUCAUCAACAACUGAAAUCAGCUAGAUUUUCAUUCAUUCAUUCAGUCAGACCCAUGCAGUUCCUCAUGCAUACGCAAUUUCAUUUAAAUAAAAUAUAUAGAUUUUUAA